CUUUGCCAUUGAACCUGGAAGGAUUUAAGAUUUUGCCAAAUCACAUUAACAACACUUCCUAAUCAGUGUAGUACAGACUAAUACCCGCUGUACCGUUUCAUAAACACCUCCACACAACACAUCACCUCUCUUCUCAACAUAACACCACCAAAACCGCUUCGCAAUGUUCACAUCACGGUUUCCGGUGCGAGGAGCGCCUGUUGUCCGCUCAGCAUCACUUCGCGCGGCGCGGCGAACGGGGCGCCGCUUCCAGUCAUCAUCAUCCGCAUCUUCCUCUACGACCGGCGGGACAAGCUCCUACUCCUCAUCUCACUUCGUAUCGGGCGUCAUGGGCGGCGUAGCGGGAGCGGGACUCCUUUAUGGUAUCUACCUCAUGACACCGACCGGCAAGAUGGCGCGCAAGAUCAACGCAGCAGCCAAGGAAGCCGACAACAAGUAUCAGCAAGUAGCGGCCACGCUACGAGACAAGACGCCGUCCACCGACGAGGCGGUAGACAAGCUCAAACAGUUCUGCUACUCGUACGUGAUUUGGAUACCGGGGGGCCGCCAGUACGUCGACACGGCAUUCAAUGACCUCGCCGCCAUCCGGGAGAGCCACGCCGAAGAGGUGGACAAGAUUGUGAGCGAGACGUACAGGGAGUUCCAGGACGUGGCCCGGGCGGGGCUGAGUCUCGAGUCGGCCUCCAAGGCAUACGACGCGCUGGUCAACCUGGCCAAGAAGAUUGCCAGCCUCAGCGGCAGUGCGGCGGACCAGAUCCUCCAGCGCCACCCGCAGCUCAACGACAAGGUGGGCGGGUCGAUCAGGGAGCUGAAGGAGAUGGGCGCGCAGUACGGGCCCGAGGCCCGGAAGCUGGUCGAUGAGACGUGGUCCCAGGUCAACGACGUGCUGUCGAGGGGUUUCUCGGCCGAGAACGCGGAUAAGGUGCGCAAGAUCGUGCAGGAGCGAAUUCAGCAGGUGCGCAAGGCGGGCGACGAGUUCUGGGACAAGAGCCUCGAGCAGGCCAAGCCUUACCUCGACAAGAGCCCCAAGCUGAGGGAGCUGGUCACCAACAAUCGCGACGUCCUCAAGCAAGGGAACGUGGCAGGGCUGUUCAAGCAGCUCAAGAGCCUGGGCGAUGGCGGUGACGCGGCCAAGGUGGAGGAGUACGUCAAGCAGGCGGUCGACAAGGCGAAGGAUAAGGGUUCCGAGGCGGCGGGCGGGCGUACGGGGCUUUCGGCGCUCGGGCAGUUCCUGGGCGCGUCAUCCGACGACGCCGGGCGCAAGCUGCAGGAUCACAUUGGGCUGCUGAGCGAGGCCGUGAGCGAGCACUCUUCCGAGGCUAAGCAAUUGCUGGACGAGACCAAGAACGACCUGCGCAAGCUGGUGGAGGAAAAGGCCAAGAAGGCACAGAAGAUCGUCGAGCGCACAAAGAACGAGUCUUCUAAGGAGUAGUCGUGUCAGAGGAGAUAGUUGUAAUAUUAUGUAAAUUAGAGGAAGAAAAAAAAACCGCGGAGGCGCCCGCACGCUGCUUCGAUUGGUUACUCUGUUCAGGUGCAGGUUGUUUCAGUGUUCCAGACUC